AUGAUGAACACUAUUCCAUUUGCAUUCGCUGAUGCUUUGACUACUACUUCUCGAAUGACUACGGCUUCUGCAAGUCCAUUUACAUUUGGUGGUACUAGUGGAGGAUUUCGAUUUGAUGCAGCAUCACCUUCAGCAACAACAGCUGCUACUCAUAUUACACCAAGAUCAUUCUCGUUUGGUGCAACAGCUCCACCAGUACAACCAACUCCUUUUUCAUUUGGCACUCGAGUGACAGCAAGAGUAGCACCUACUUCAACUAAUUUUCUUCCUGUAACAGCAUCAACAACAACUUCUUCAUCGGUAAAUAAUACACUUUCUAAUCUUCUUUCUCAACCAAUUACUACAAGAUCAUCUCCAAUUAUUAUGACUACAUCAGGUACUCCAAUAUUUCCUCUUUCAUCGAUAACAAAACAACAACAAUUACCAGAUUUGUACAGGAUGGGCAAUACUCAUCAAUGUGUAUUUAAUGAAGAGUGUGAUAUAACUGUGAACAGUCGAGGAGCAUGUCGGUAUUGUCGGUUCAAAAAAUGUUUGUCUGUUGGUCUAGAUAAAGAUUUAGUUCGUGGUCCAUAUUCUCAUCAAGAUCGUGCUCGAAAAAAAAGGAAGCAAAAGAAAUCAACUGAUAUCUCAGAUGAAAAAACACUUUCUCUUCCAGUCGUUAUUCCAACACGUAAUUUGCUUAAUAAUGAUCGAUCAUUAUUAACAACUAAUCAAUGGGGUCUUCUAUCGAAUGUUAUCCAUGCUUAUGAUGACAAGUCUCCGGUAUCAACUAUACGCAGUACAAUGACUCUUCAGGCAGCUUAUCCAGUAAAGAUGCGAUUCAAGAUGGCAAUGGACUGUUUCAAACAUAUGACUGGUUCAAUGUAUCUCAGCGCUGGUCCAUUUAUAAAAACAAUGCCUGAAUUUGUGAACAUGUCAAUCGAUGAUCAAGGUGUACUUGUUGAACGAAAUAUUCGAAGUAUGAGUGGUGUUAGUGGAAUACUCGUAAUGCGUGAAGCGGAUGUCUGCACAAAUCCUUAUUAUCAUAAUGCUUCUGUCGCUAUUUAUGGACAUCAACGGAUCCACCAAGCCAUGAGAAUCAUCGCUCAAACAGAUAAUGAUGGAACAUUAAUAAAACUCAUGAUACCUAUCUUGGCUUUAUCAACAUGUUCUGAUAUUCUCGAUACAGUUGUUGACGAUAUGACCAAUAUUACUGCAACUCCCGGCGGAACUCGUUUUUUUUCAAAUACUUUGAGCCUUUUAAAAGCUCAAAAUAUCUACGUUGAAAUGAUGUUCAAAUACAUGUUAUAUCGAUACGGUUAUAAUGAAGCGUCAUUAAGAUUUUCCAAUCUCAUUAAGAAUUGUCUCGAUCAAAAUCUUAUGUUAACAGGUGAUGGUGAUCUUAGAAAACAUCAACAAAUGGUGCAAGAAAUCACCGAAGAAACUGAACGAUCAUUAACAUUGCACGAUGAACCCAUCGAGUGA